UAGCGUUCAAAAGCGAGACCUUUAAGACCUUUAAGACCUUUAGAGUGCAUGACAACGAGUAGUCCCUUAAACUCGACGCUUGGUGCAUCUGCUGCGGCAACUCUCUCAGACUCCUCCGCGUCAAUUCCAGAGUUUUGAUCGAUCACUAAAUCAGCCGUACCAAACAAUUCGUCAUGGCGGAGUUCGGCUGCGAAUGGAACGAUGCUCCCCACAGCAUGGGGACGACAAUCAUGGCAGUGCAGUAUGACGGUGGAGUUAUUCUUGGUGCAGACUCCAGGACAACGACGGGUGUGUAUGUGGCUAAUCGAGCCUCUGAUAAGAUCACCGAAUUAACCGAAAACGUCUACAUCUGCCGAUCGGGAUCGGCUGCAGAUUCUCAAUUAGUGUCGGAUUAUGCUCGCUACUUUCUGAAUCAGCACACAAUUCAGCUAGGUCAAAACGCCACAGUAAAGACUGCUGCCAAUAUUGUGCGGCAAUUGUCCUACGGAAAUAAGUCGUUUUUGGAGUGUGGGUUGAUUGUUGCUGGUUGGGACAAGUAUGAAAAGGGAAGCGUUUAUGGUAUUCCUCUUGGUGGUACAAUUUUGCGCCUCCCUUUUGCGACUGGAGGUUCUGGGUCUAGCUACUUGUAUGGUUUCCUGGACCAGGCAUGGAAAGAGGGUAUGAGCAAGCAGGAAGCAGAGGAGCUGGUUGUUAAGGCUGUUUCACUGGCAAUGGCUCGAGAUGGAAGCAGUGGUGGUGUAGUGAGAACUGUGAUUAUUGACUCAGAAGGAGUAACCAGACAUUUCUAUCCUGGAGACAAACUUCCUCUGUACUAUGAAGAGAUAGCCUACCGACCUGGGCUAGAACCAAUGACUGCUUGAAGAGACGCAUACAUGAGCAAAUUCUCAAUUCUAGAGAAAUCUUUCCGGGUAUUGGAAUAAUGAUUACUGCCUGGAUGCGGACCUCGAACGUAGAGCUGGUUUGAAACUAAAUCAUGUCACGAUUUAGUCUCUUUUGUCCAUUUUUAACUAUAGGCCCAAAUCCUGCCUUUUGGUUCAUGUCUAUACAUAUGAUCAUUCCAUCGAUUUUGAGAUGAAAAUAUUCUCGACUCCUGGGGACUGGACUCAAUACUUCAGAACUGGCUGUUUACUACAUUUCCUUGUCCAUUUUGACACGGACAUACUUCAGGGAUCGGAAUUAAGCUCCAGCGUUGGCCUGGUAUAAUAUACUGGAUGUGGGUUUUAGUGUUCUGACUCACUAAUAGGCAGUUUACGGGACCAGACGGGUCCAUAGAUCAGUGGGCUAUACAUUCGCCUCGCUGUCGACUCGAUCGUCGAUAUAUUUUGUCCAGGAGUUUAACUUUGGGCUUGCUCUAUUCUCAACUUUAUACCAGGCCACAUCACUGGUACGAGAUAACCCGAAUCACUGUUUACUGUUCAUCAGUUUGCUGUUCCUCUCUCCACUGAAUCUGCGUUGAUUUACUGGAAGAAUUAACGAAGGUGGAGGUGAAUGACGGAAUCACGAUAUGGACUCAAGACCUACCUGUGUGUGCUUCUCAGUUUGCUUUACGAGUAACAGAGAAAUUGUGACCGCUGUCUUUUGGGUGGUCGAAUGAAGUCUACUCCCCAGCGUCCGACUAGUCUCACUUUUGAAGCCAUGAGUACUAGAUUUUGAUGGAAAGAAUGUGUGACAUUACCACAUAGUACACGUCAGUCAAAGAAGUAGAACAGGUUCGUGUAGAUUCCAAACAAAGAUUCAAAGUCAGGCAUGGCGAAAUCCAGCUUUGCAUGCAUUCUGUAGCUAUAGUUACCACGCGAAUUGGACUCCGACUGGGCUGUUUGUUUCCCGCCCACUCCCUUCUAAGUAAU